AAUUUGAUGAAAUUUAUCAACAUGAAACAAGUGAACAAUUUAAAUCUUCAAAUGCAAAGUUUAAAUCUGAAGAAAGUUCUAUCAGCAUUUUUAUAAAUAAUUUUAUUCGACUUUUAGUAGCUUGUGAUUUCUGUAAAAAGUAUCAUUGCAUAUAUUCUAAAACUAUAUUAAAUAAAAUUGAAAUACAAGCUAUUACUCAACAUUUAGAAAAUAUUAUAUAUAGUUGUGGAUUUCCAAUUGUUUCAGAUGAUCAUUUUCUUGCUAAUACUCUUCACAUACAACUUAAUUUAAUAUGUAACUCACCAAUUGAAUAUAAUUAUUAUUCUUGUAGACUUAAAGAUAUAGAUUUAUAUUAUUGGUGUGGUGUAGAAGAUGAAUUGCUUAAAAUUCUAUCUGACAUACCAGAUAAUUGGAAAACAAUCUAUCCACUUUGUGAAUCAUGUUAUAAUGAAGAAAAAACUUGGAAAACCUAA